AUGUCGCUGUCGCUAGAAGACGAGCAGUGGCUCCUGCAACAGUCCCGCGGGAGAAGCUUCUCGGCACACCGAGACCCCUCCGUAAGGAGAUGCGCCUCGUACACUGUCACCACCUGCGUUGCCGUAACCAUACUCCUGUUGGGCAUCUUCCUCUGCGUCGUCACGCAUGACGCCCGCAGCGCCGACGACAUCCGGGCAUCUCCAGUUUUCCCGGUAUGGUUACGAAGGCAGCGUCACGGUCCCGUGCCGAUCCUCUGCCAUCUCAACGUCGGUCUCAAGUACGACAAGGAGAACCCGUACCGAGCCACUGACUUACCGGGAAACUACUGCUCACACCUGGUGCUGCCGCUGCGCAUUCUGUUCGGCUGGGACAAUGAAAGCGUCGACCUGACCUCGGCGUUCCUGGAGUCCAAGGAGCAUAUGGGACAGAUCCGGGAUGCCAUAAAGAAGGCGUAUCCCCAUCUUAAGCACUUGAUUUCAGUCGGGGACGAAGCCCACGAUGGGAAGCUUCAUUUCUCGGACGCCGCAACUACCAACACCACGGCCUACAUGAUCUUCAUUGUGGACAUCGUCAAAUGGGUCAUCGAGAACCACUUCAGUGGCCUUGUGCUCCACAGGGUGUUUCCAGUAAAGGCUCAGGACCGGAAGCACAUGGUCAUCUUUCUGUCGCAUCUCAAGCAGAUCCUGCACCGCCACGGACUUCUUUUUGUCAUCACGGCGCCCUAUGAUGCCGGCGUUUUCAAGUCUGGCUCGAGGCCGGGAAAACUGGGUAAAUUUCUCGACUACGUCGCCGUCAUUACGCACGGCCUGGUCAAAGCAGCGAACAGAUCGGAUCGGGUUCUCAUGCCUUUUCACCAUUACACCCACACAAGUAAAAGCAUCGAAGACGCUCUUGAAACGGUCAUCUCCAGCGGCCUUCCACGAAACAAAGUCAUCCUGACCAUUUCCCUGACGGGGUACAUGUGUACUCUCGCCAACUUUAUGGAGAAAAACAAGAGCAUACCCAACUGGAGUGACGCUACGGCGGUGCGUGUGCUGUCCUACAAGGAGGUGUGUAACAUUGUGCGAAGCCCCAACUGGACGUUUGGGUACGACAAAGAAAGUGAGAAGCCGUACGCGGUGCGUAACAACUUGUGGAUCGGUUAUGAAGACGAGACGAGCGUACGAAAGCUGGCGUCUCUCUUAAACAAGAAGUACCUUGGGGGUGUUCUGAUCUGGGACGUGUCCAACGAUGACUAUAGCGGUCAGUGUGGAGUCCUCAAUCCGCUGGUCAAGUCCAUUUUUACUGAGGUUGAGGACACGCCAGUCGAAGACAACACAACGACACUAGUCACGAGAGUGAAUGGGAGCCGGGUUCACAUUGCAGCGAGUAGAAUCGAUAAAGUAGAGCAAACCAAGUAA